CCCCCGAAAUAUUGUUAGUUUAUCUGAGAAGCAGUAAUUACACCCACACACCCACCCUGAACACUAGAUGGCGCUCUCACGACUCACUGCGUCGUGAUCAAGGCCAACGAAGAAGAGCGUUUGGCGCGCGGGCUUUGGAAAUGGCCGAGCACUGCGAAACAAACAUGGCGUCUCUGGCCUCGGAUUCCCUCAAGCUCUAUGAGGCUCAGUUCUUCGGCUUCACCCCUCAGACCUGCAUGAUGAGGAUGAACAGCGCCUUCCAGGACUGCCUCUACGAGAUGCUUGUAGUCGUCGAGUCUGUAUUUGUCCGGAAACUGUCCCGGGGGAAAGACCCGCCCGAAGAACUCAGCGUAAAGACACGAGAGUGCACGCAGAAACUGCUGCAGUUCCUGCAGGAACGCUUCAGGAAGCUCUCAGGACGCAUGGAAGCCCUGCUGGUCAACAGCGUGCUUUCAGUGCCUGAAAACGUCCUCCUGCCCGAAGACGAGGCGCACCGGAAAUACCCGGAGGGCAGGGAGCAGCUUUUAAAGCUGGAGGCUUCGAUCUCGGAGCUGCAGAAGUCUUAUGAGGCGGAGAUGUGUGCGAAACAGGCUCUCCUGGCCGAGCUCGAGGAGCAGAAGGAGACGCAGGAGCAGCUGGACGAGGUGCUGCAGUGGAUCGACGAGCUGCGAUUGUCCUGGAGAAAGGAGGGAAUGGGAAAUAUCAGAGAAAGCUUUCAGAACGUGAUCGAGACUGUGAACCAGCUGCAGGGGGAUAUGGGAAGGAUCCGGAAGAAGAGCAAAUCUUUAGAUGAACUGUGAUUCCUUCUCCCCACCACUGCCGCCUACAUCAAUUUUUUUGUCAGUUGCGCGCUAGUGGUAUUCGCCUGUGCAAAGGUGGUCCAACCACAAGGGGGCAGCAGUACGCAGUCAAAUGCCAUGCUGUUGAUCCGUCGAGCGCGCUCCUCCAUAGCUUGUAAGCCUGGCGUUCUUCUUUUGACAUUUGAAAUGAGUCAGAUUUCAAAUUCCCCCUUUGCCCCACCAAAUCCAUUGUGUAUACCACGCCAGGGCCAGGUUCGUGUGGAUUCUCUGCUUUUAUCUUCAGUGCAACGAGAUCAAACGGAAUUAAGCAUAAGCCCAAACCUGUGCUUUCCUUGUUGUUCACAGCAGGACGUCGGUAGACCCGCAUAAGGGUCUGUUUUUUCUUCUUUUUUUUGUUUUUAAUAUAUAUAUACAGUGCCUUGUGCAUGGUGACUGUAGAUACUGUUAUUGGAUAUUUUUUAAAGAACUGGCACUUUAGCUUUUAAUCAGUUAAAUUUCAGAACUAAAUUUCUUUGAUGUAAAACAAUAAAAGUUUGUUUGUUUUUACUUGUUUGA